AUGGUCCAGCAAUUGACGGUUUCAGAUUCGUCAGUGGACAUGUCCAAGGCACCACUGCAGACAGAUGCAGAUGUGCCCCUCUACCUGCAUGCUGAGCUUCUCCCUAACAUUCGUCAAAUCACCCUUUACAUCUCGAUUCCUCGGAAACCAGCUCUCGAUGCGAUCCGACCACAGAUACAGCUCUCGGAUUCUCGCAAGGCAGUCACGGUGUCUCUACCGGAACCUUUCCAUGAUGUGACGGAGACUAUUAAGUUACCAGCGCGUGUCAGCGAUGCCUCGCGCCGAAUAUUGAAUACCAAUAUUUCCCCAUCAAAACAACCUACAGACGCGAGCUAUGACUACUCGUUUAGAAUGCAGAUCGAUCCGACUGACCCAGCUCUCAUAACACAAGAUGAACUGACUGAUGACCAUGUGCCCUGGACGGCGGCCGAUAUGUCGACUUCGACUCGCAUUCGGUGUCGUGCCUGUGGAACCCAGUUCUUGGAUGCCUCUGGUCCUCCUAGUAUAUCUGAGGAGCAGGACCGCGCUCCGGGAUGGACGUGGAAAGACCUCCCCAGUGGGAACUGGGCCGAGAUGAUGGACUUCUGGCACUGCCACAAGCCGGAUCCCCAUGAAGAUGACCCCAAAUCCGAAGCUACCGCGGCGCUUAAGAUCGAGGAGCAGAAUGCCCAGAUCAAAGGAUACGGGGCUGGUAGUCGCGUUGAAGCGAUUCCUGGAAAUGUUCUUAUCGACGUGGCUACGUUCUUACUUGCAGAAUCAGACUGCGUGGGAUUAAAAAAGGGAAAUGAAGAGGAAGCAAAGUCAAAUCCUGCAUCACUACAACAACGAACCUUGGACUGUGUAACCUGCAACGCAAUUAUCGGCAUGGAGGAUCCCUCUGCGAAUGGUUGGCGCUUGCUGAAGGCGAAUGUGGCUCUAAAUACCAACGAGUCGUAUGAUUCAGCUGAAGAGCAAUGGCAAAGCCACCCCGCCGAACUCAUCGUCGCAGCACAACUACUCGAAUUAAUCGAGCGAGAAAGCGCACGGAGAUUCGUGAUCCACUGUGGACAAAAGAGCGGAUUUUUGCUUUGGGUUUUCAACCCUGAUCUUCGCUAUUCCAAUUCCAACUCAGGGCACAGUGUCAAUGCACGACAAGCUAUGAAAGUGCUUUAUCAAACGACAGAGGAUGUUGACUCGAUACUGAAUCGUGAUAUGGGUAGACCAUCCCCCUUGUCUGUAGAGGAGCUGGAACUUCCUUCGAUGAUCUUCCAAGCCUUAUCCACUGCAUUGAAUAAUAGUAACCAGAUGCUGCCUCCUUCUGCGAGAAAAUUCAACGAGUGGACUGUUGGACUUAUGGAUCGGUAUAGCAGAGUUACAUGA